AUGAAUAAUGAACAAUUUCGCAAGAUGAUGCUAGCCAACGCGGCCAAGGCAUCACAGGCACAGGAUACCUCCCCCAGCCCGGCAGCUGACUCGCCCGGAGGCUCCUCUCUCGGAUCGCGACAAAGAGCCAGCAUCCCAAUGACGCCGCGUUCCGUAGGCAAUGGACAGGUCGAUUUCGCGAAGCAAAUGGCGCAGCGCAACCAGCAGCCGAACUCGUCGAAAAAGUUCAAGACUGCAGUGCCGCGGGGCGUCAAGAUGGCUGCCGGCUACACUGACCGAUCGAAGGAACGAGAAGAAGAAGAAGCUAGGGCUGCUGAUGAUCGCGCUGAACGGUUAAAAGCACUGGAACAAUCUCUGAAGAAUGAGGAGAUCGACGACGAGACCUACGAACGACUACGAUUUGAGAUUGCCGGCGGCGAUUUGGAGAGCACACACUUGGUCAAGGGUCUAGAUUUUAAGCUUCUCGAACGAGUGCGACGAGGCGAAGACGUCUACUCGGGCAAGAAACAAGACGCAGACGAGACGCAAGAGGAAGAAGAGGAUGUCGACGAUGCGUUUGAUCAACUCGAAAGCCAAGAAGUACAAGCGGUCGAAAAGGAAAAGACGGACAAGAAAAAGGGCCAGCUGUCUACCGUUGCGCUGGCACCCGGCAAGAAACGCACCCGCGACCAGAUUCUCGCUGAAUUCAAAGCCGCGCGAGCGGCGGCCAAAACAGAGGCUGAGCCAGCCUUGGGCGACCGCUUCCGCAAGAUUGGUGCCAAGCAGCAGCCUGGCACACGCAUCGAGCGCGACAGCAAGGGCCGCGAGGUCAUGAUCAUUGUAGAUGCAGAUGGGCACGAAAAACGCAAGGUUCGCAAGCUGCAUCCGGCAGACGCCAAGGACGAUGCCGAUAACGGGCUGCUCAUGCCAGACAAGGAUGCGAAGCCGCUCGGCAUGGAGGUGCCAGAACAAUAUCGCAACAAGGAGCCUAUUGUGGAAGAAGAUGAGGAUGUUGAUAUAUUCGAUGACGUGGGAGAUGACUACGACCCGCUUGCUGGCAUGGACGCACCCGAUUCUGACUCCGAUGAAGGUGACGAAAAGAAGGCCAAAGACGAGGAGGAGAGCUCCAGAGUAGCUGGGUCAAUGGCACCACCGCCACGACCCAAAGCCCAUACAGACUACUUCAAGGGCUCCAAGACCAGUCUUCUCUCCGAGCAGGAGAACAAGGCGCCAUCCAUGUCUGAUCCAGCUAUGAUGGCUGCCAUCAAACGUGCUGCGGCUCUACGACCACGCGACACAGGCGACGACGACGAUUCGGCUUCAGAUGACGAGGCGGCGCAAAAGGCCAAGGCAGACGAUGCGCGCCGCAAGAAGCUGCUCCAAAAUGUGGACCGCGACGCUGAAGACAUGGACAUGGGCUUCGGCACGAGCCGCUACGAGGAUGAAGAAGACUUUGACGACCGGGACAUCAAGCUCUCUGCGUGGGGCGAUGAUGGCGACGGCGAAGAUGGUGGCGGUGGCGGUGGUGGAAAGAAGAGAAAGCGGAACCGGAAGCGCAAAGGCGAUGUGAAUAGUGCAGCGGAUGUGCUGAGGGUGAUGGAGCAGAGAAAGUCGUGA